CCGCCCCACCGCUUGGGCCCUGCCAGCACCAUGCUGCGAAUUUCUGUCGCCCGGCUGUUAGGUCGCCCGGGGUUCAGUAGGGCUUCUCUCCUGGAGGGCUGUGCGUCACGCCACUAUACUUCGGGCUCCCUCGGUGCCUGCGACAAGGUCUGUGACGCGCGUGCCUACUUCACUACCCCCAUUUUCUAUGUGAACGCGGCGCCGCACAUCGGGCACCUGUACUCGGCGCUACUGGCGGACGCCCUGUGCCGCCACCGUCGCCUUCGCGUUCCCAGGACCGCCGCCACACGAUUCUCCACUGGUACCGACGAGCAUGGCCUGAAGAUUCAGCAGGCUGCAGCUUCGGCCGGGCUGGCCCCUACCGAGCUGUGCGACCGAGUCUCUGCUCAGUUCCAGCAGCUUUUCCAGGAGGCCGAUAUCUCGUCCACCGACUUCAUUCGCACCACCGAGGACCGGCACAGGGUAGCUGUGCAGCACUUCUGGGAGGUGCUGAAGGCCCGCGGUCUGCUUUACAAGGGGCUCUAUGAAGGUUGGUAUUGCGCCUCCGACGAGUGCUUCCUGCCUGAGGCCAAGGUCACUUGGCAGCCGGGCCCUUCAGGGGAUUCGGGUCCUGUAUCUCUUGAAAGUGGGCAUCCAGUCUCCUGGACUAAGGAAGAAAACUACAUUUUCAGGCUUUCCCGGUUUAAGGAGCCGCUCCAGUGGUGGCUGCGGGGCAACCCUCAGGCAAUCACCCCCGAACCAUUCUACCAUACAGUCCUUCAGUGGCUGGAGGACGAGCUUCCCGACCUGUCCGUGUCUCGCAGGAGUAGCCACUUGCACUGGGGCAUUCCGGUGCCCGGGGAUGAUUCGCAGACCAUCUACGUAUGGCUGGAUGCCUUGGUCAACUACCUCACUGUAAUUGGCUACCCAAAUGCAGAGUUCAAAUCUUGGUGGCCAGCCACUUCUCAUAUCAUAGGUAAGGACAUUCUCAAAUUUCAUGCCAUCUAUUGGCCUGCCCUCCUUUUAGGGGCCGGUAUGAGCCCGCCACACCGCAUCUGUGUUCACUCCCACUGGACGGUGUGUGGCCAAAAGAUGUCCAAGAGCCUGGGCAACGUGGUGGAUCCUAGGACUUGCCUUGAUCGCUAUACUGUGGAUGGUUUCCGCUACUUUCUCCUACGGCAGGGCGUCCCCAACUGGGACUGUGAUUACUACGAUGAAAAAGUGGUUAAGUUGCUGGACUCAGAACUGGCAGAUGCCUUGGGAGGUCUUUUGAACCGAUGCACUGCCAACAGAAUAAAUCCUUCUGGGACUUAUCCAUCCUUUUGCACUACCUGCUUUCCCAGUGAGCCAGGGAUGCUGGGGCCAUCAGUUCGUGCUCAGGCAGAGGACUAUGCUUUGGUGAGCGCAGUGGCCACUUUGCCCAAGCAAGUAGCAGACCACUACGAUAACUUCCAGAUAUAUAAGGCUCUAGAAGCAGUGUCUACCUGUGUCCGCCAAACUAAUGGUUUUGUCCAAAGGCAUGCACCAUGGAAGUUGAAUUGGGAGAGCCCAGUAGAUGCUCCCUGGCUGAGUACUGUGCUUCAUGUGGCUUUGGAAUGUUUGCGAGUGUUUGGAACUUUGCUCCAGCCUGUCACCCCAAGCCUAGCCGACAAGCUGCUGUCCAGGCUGGGGGUCUCUGUCACAGAAAGGGGCCUUGGAGACCUCUGUUUCUUGCCUCGAUUCUAUGGACAACCAUGCCCUUUUGAAGGGAGGAGGUUGGGACCUGAAUCUGGACUUUUGUUUCCAAGACUGGACCAGUCCAGGGCUUGGCUCAUGAAAGCCCACAGGACCUAGAAACCCUGUUCUUAAUUGGCUUGUGGUUAAAAACCAAAUGUGUUAUUUUCUUAUUUUUCAUUUUCAGGAAAUUUACACUAGUGUUUAGUCUAAAGCGUUGCAUCAAAUGAAUACAAGCUGUACUCCUGUGCAAAAAGGUUUGUAACCUUUUGGGUACCUGUUCCCCCUUUUUUCAUUUAUCCACACCUGUUAACCACUGUCCUUUGUGCACUGUAUGUCUAAGAUGUCUCUGGGGGAAAGAUGGGACUAUUAGCAAUGUUGCUAAUAGUAUCUCUUUUCCUUGUGCCUCCUUCCAAAGCAGUUAUUUGUCCAAACUACCUCUCAUAGUUUUUUUUUUUUUUUUUUCCAUUGGCCUGGCUUCUGCUCCUAGGGCUAGUGAAGUGAAUUCUUUUAUUGGAAGAGAGAGUUGGAGGCCCCCUACCUCAGCUUUUACAGGGUAGCCCUAACUUUAGUAUAUAUGUUGGGUUGCCUGUUAAAAAAAUAUUUUAUUAAACCUUUAAAAACCAGUGUCAUAGACCAGAUGAUUUUUGCCCACGUUCAUCCCCGUUCUUUAAAUUCCUGUGACUAGGAUUCCCUAUGUUGUUAAUGGUCUUUUAACAGUUGUUUGCUAACAUUAAACUUCAACCACUAGAUGGCUCUAGUCUUACACAUUUAAUUAUUUAAGAUUGUGGUUUCAGAAUAUUGAGAAUAAAUUAGUUUUCUGCUUUCUAAUUUUGCAGAGCUUUAACUUUUUACUGCUUUUCUUAAAAUAAGGGCUAGCCAUUUUCAACCACCACUGUUUUGACAAAAAGCAGUUAAAGAACUCAGAAUCCUCAGUUUAUUUCAGACUACUGAAAAAUGAUACUCUAUUAGUAAUCAAAUAAGCAAAUAGUAUCAGGUUGUUUAUAUAUAUGUUUAUAUGAUAAACUAUAAUGUUCUCUUAAGGUACUUGGUAUGUUAAAAAUUUUAAACUUUAAUAACGUUAGGUUACAGGUAUGACUAAAACUGUACAUAAUUCAGAAGGACAAUAUUUUCUUUAAAUUUCUUAUAGUCUUAAAUAUUGUUCAUAUAAUUUACCUCAUGAUUUCUUUUGGUCCGUCAAGAUCCAUCAUACAGUAUAGAAAUUGUGUACUAGUUAUUAUAAAUUUAUUUUUAAGUAGUUGUAACUGAAGUUAAACUUUUACUCUUUUACCUUAAGUUAUUAAAGUUUAAAAGUUUUUAAGUACCUUGUUCAGAUCUGUUCUGUUGCAUUUAUUGAAGGUGGAUGGUGAAGGGAGGAAAUGAUCAAUGCUCCAGGAAUCUCAAACUGGAUUUAGGAAUCGCUUCAAGGCUCCAUAAGAGAACAUCAUAGAGAAGAUGUUACCAAUUUAUACAAUGACUACAAUAUAGUAAGCCAGCAUUAUAUCUUACAGGGUGAUUCGGCAGCUAGCCCAAAGUUUAACAUGCGAACUUGCCUUGGAAUAUCUGUUAUAUGUAUCAGCAGCAAGUAGAGAGGGUAUACUAUGAAGUAAACUAU